AUGGGGCUGGAGCAGGAACAAGGAGGAGAAACUGAGAAGAAAUUCAAAGAAAUUUUGGAAGCACACGAGGUUUUGUCUGACCCUCAGAGGCGAUUGCUCUAUGACAAGUCUGUUGAGGAGAGCAGAGUCCACAGGGGUUACAAUGGUUUCUUUGGUUCUCCUCAUGUAUUCUCCCAUCAAGAAGAGUUCUUUGGAGGAAGGGAUCCAUUUGUAUAUUUUCUGGAACCCUUUGACAUCAGAAUCAAUGGUGAAAAUCAGCACAGUACAAGUGGAAGAGGAGGAAGCUCCAGCCCACUCCUUACUUCCCCUAGGGAGUAUUUUAUGCCGUGGAAUUCAUUCAGUCACAGGAAGAUCCCCACCUACACCUUUAGUGAAACCACAGUUGGGCCACAUGAAUCCACAAUAGUAAGCUAUACUAAAGUGAUCAAUGGCAAGACAAUCACCACCUGUCUAAUCUUUGAGAAUUGGCAUGAGAGAAAGGAAGUGGAAGAAGAUGGCCAGAUGAAGUCUGUGAAAAUCAAUGGGACAGAGACCCUGAAUUCUUAA